GUUCAGCCCUCCUUCCAGCUGUGUAUGUGACAGUGUGAGUGUCCUGUAACUAUGAAGGCCACAUAUGUGUUUGUUUGCGUGGGUCUGGCUCUUCUUCCUGGUACAAUCUGCCAGUCUCCUGCUGAAAGUGAAGCUUACACAGACUGUACAGAUGGCUAUGAGUGGGACGAGCAGACUCAACUCUGUCGAGACAUAAAUGAGUGUGAGACCAUUCUGGAGGCCUGUCGAGGAGAAAUGAAGUGCUUCAAUCAUUAUGGUGGUUACCUGUGUCUUCCUCGCUCCUCCUACGUGAUCACUGCACCUGAGACUGCCAGCCAAUCAGAGCCCAAUGUGCCUGUGCCAGUGCCAGAAAACGAGGCCUUCAACCCAUGUCCACUUGGCUACAGGGCCCAAGGAGAGUCCUGCGUGGAUAUUGAUGAGUGUGAGCUGAACAUGCAUGACUGCCAGCCCAGCCAGGAAUGUAUCAACACAGUGGGCACCUUCACCUGUCAGUGUCCUGACGGCUACAGCAAGAUUGGCAUAGAGUGUGUGGAUAUCGACGAGUGCAGGUACAGGUACUGUCAGCAUCGCUGUGUGAACGUGCCAGGAUCUUUCUCUUGUGAGUGUGAACCAGGCUUUCAGCUGGCUGGAAACAACCGAUCCUGUGUUGAUGUAAAUGAGUGUGAAAUGGGAGCACCUUGUCAGCAAAGGUGUUACAACAGUUACGGGACGUUCCUGUGCCGCUGUGAUCAAGGCUAUGACCUGGGACCUGAUGGCUACUCAUGCAAUGACAUCAACGAGUGCAGCUACUCCAGUAUCUUGUGCCAGUAUCAGUGUGUGAAUGAGCCUGGAAAAUUCUCCUGUGUUUGUCCAGAAGGCUACGAGCUACUUGGAUCUCGACUCUGCCAGGAUGUGAAUGAGUGUGAGACUGGCAGUCAUCAGUGUGGAGAAGGACAGGUCUGUGUGAACAUCCAUGGAGGACAUCAGUGUGUGAGCGCCAACCGCUGCCAGGAGCCCUACAUCCAGGUCUCAGAGAAUCGUUGUAUUUGUCCGGUAGUGAAGCCGGAGUGCCGUGAUCUGCCCUUCUCUAUUGUGCAUCGAUACAUGAGCAUCACGUCUGAACGCUCCGUUCCCUCCGACAUCUUCCAGAUUCAGGCCACCAGUGUCUAUCCUGGAGCCUACAACUCCUUCCGCAUCCGAUCUGGAGACCAAAAUGAGGAAUUCUACAUACGGCAAAUCAACAACAUCAGUGCUAUGCUGGUUUUGGCGCGGACCGUGACGGGGCCGAAGGAGUACGUCCUGGACCUGGAGAUGCAGUCGGUAAAUCCACUGAUGAACUACCAGACCAGCUCAGUCCUGCGCCUCGCCGUUUACAUCGGCCCUCAUGUCUUCUGAACACACUGAGAAACAGACGGAGCAACACAAGGUUUUCUCUAGUCAGUCUAUUUCUGCUUUCAUGAGUUGAAAAUUAGCAACACUUUCCUCUAAUUCACAAGCUAAUAAUGUGACUUCGGUCUGUGACUGUGCUUUAUUCUGGGAAGUGUGAACGCAUCUGAACAUUCAUUUAUUCCUCUCACUUUGUCAUCGUAGACUCAUUUUUACACAUCCAGUACAUGAGAAACACAAACACAAAACAAUUUGUUUGAAUCGAGGCAUUGUUUCUUAUUAAUAGCUCAAUACAUUUAAAGUUAUCUAAUCUGCAUGAGAUAUACAUACAGUCCAGCCUUAAAAUGUGUCUGCUGUGUACUUUCCAAAAACACUAACAAACUAAAAACAAAUCCAGAACUGAAAUGAGGUGAAUAUGAGAGGAUUAAAUGAAUUAUGUAAAUAAUCUGAGACACAAUUCUUAGGUAACUUGUUGCAUUUUCUUUAGUAUUUUUCAAUGUCAGAUUUUUGUAUUGAUUUGUCUUUUGAAAUAUUUUUAAUGUUUUAGUAUAUUGAUUUUUUUAUUUACAUAUGUUAAAGUAAAAAUGUUUGAUUAAAUACAAGUAAACUAAAAAAA